AUGACCAAAGCCGUGAACGCCGGGUGGAAGCUGGAUAGUGACGACAAAGCGUGCUACAUCGAGUUGGACGGCGAGGACGAGGGCGAGUGCGAGCCGAACGCAAUCGGGUCUAAUGAGAACGAUUCCAAAGAUGAUGACCCCGACCAGGGCUGGCGGCAAUGGAGCAAUUUGCCGGAUCAUAUCCUCGAGCGCAUCUUUUCCCAUCUGACCAUCAAGGAGCGGUACUACGCGAGCCUGACCUGCUUCGGAUGGUAUCGGGCGUUCUACCUGCCGCACGUGUGGUCCAACUUUCUGGUGGAGGACGCGACGCUCGGGCGGAUGAAGUACAACUACUACUCCGGCUGGCAGCCCGUCCUCGACCACUCCCGGCUGCAGAGCUGCCUGCUGUCGGUGGGGCACCUCAUCCGCGGGCUGGACUUCCGGCCGCAGGUCAGCUUCAACAACAUGUUCCAGUUCAUGUCGCUCAUCUCGUGGGCGAUGGAGCAGAACGCCCGGGCGAGCGGGUGUCCGCGCGAGUGGGUCGGCUGCGGGUCGCGCAUCCGUUCGCUCAACUACAUCUUCCCGUGCAACAUGGCGCUCAGCGAGGACCCGGAGUCGGUGAAGCUGUUCGGCACCGGUGGGCAGCUGCUGGCCGCCCUCAAGCGGCUCAUGUUCUGCCUGACGUCGUUGCGCUCCCUCUCGCUCGUCGAUCUCAUUCUCGAACGCUACGAGGCGAACCACCUGCUGGACGAGGUGCUCGAGUCGUGCUGUCUCGUGCUCCGGCGCCUCUGCCUCGUCAACGUCACCACCGUCCACUGCCCGAUCAUGCACAUUGGUCUGUUUCUCAACCUGCAGGUGCUGAUCGUCUCACCGCAGAACAUCGACGACGACGUGCUGACGCUGCUGGCCGACUCGAAGGUGAAGCAUCUGACGCUGCUCCAGAACCGCUACACGCCGCCCGCCCUCGCCAUCAGCCCCUGCUCGGCCAAGGCCUGGCUCGUGGUGCGGCGCGAUAAUCCCAAGCUGCGGGUACACCUGCGGGUCGAGUCCACCACCAACGCGGUCAUCCUGUUGCAGCCCGAGGCCCCGGUCGCCAGCAUGAUUUAUCAAACGCCGAAAACUAUGAUUACUUCGGACCAGCUGGUGGCGGCCGUCGAUGCCUACAAGUACACGCUGACCGUUUACGGACAUGAGCAGUUGCCGGUGGGUGUGCCUGAGUCGUCGUCGUCGUUGAGAGGCGAGUACCAGGAACGGCCUGACAGCUUGCUCGUCCUGUUGGCACGCUCCUGCCCGGGGCUGAACGCGCUGAUGAUCCGGGAAUGCAUCUCGGCGUCAACCGUGCUGCUGAUGGCCAAGUCAUCGCCCAACCUGCGUCAUCUUUACGUCAACCGCAGCCAGGUGAAGACGGGCUGCGAUUGGCCUCGGAGCCCCGAAUGGACGGACGAGUUCUACCAGUGGCUGCAGACGGCCUCCCGCACGCUCGAGGCCACCGAACGGGAGGUGGCCCGCAUUCUCGAUCUACCCUCGUGGCACAUGCUGUCGGAGGAACACUUUCAAAUGACUUCCCUCACCCGGCACGUCGCCUUCUGA